CGCGUCCACGCUGCCUCCCGGGCCGGCACGGCAGCGGGCCACCGCUGCUACCCCGCCCCCUCCCCGCCUUUUCCGCCCGCCCGGCCCCCUCUCGCUGGCCGCCGCCGCUGCUCCAGAUGAGGUGAUGGCAACGGCCAACUUCGGCAAGAUCCAGAUCGGGAUUUACGUGGAAAUCAAGCGCAGCGAUGGCCGAAUACACCAAGCAAUGGUAACAUCUUUAAAUGAAGAUAAUGAAAGUGUAACUGUCGAAUGGAUAGAAAAUGGAGAUACAAAGGGCAAAGAGAUUGACUUGGAAAGCAUCUUUUCACUUAACCCGGACCUUGUACCUGAUGAAGAGAUUGAACCCAGUCCAGAAAUACCUCCACCUUCAACAUCCUCCUCCAAAGUAAACAAAAUUGUAAAGAAUCGACGGACUGUGGCAUCAUCUAUUAAGAAUGACCCUCCUCCUCCAAGAGAUAAUAGAGUGGUUGGUUCAGCACGCGCACGGCCUAGUCAGCUUCCUGAACAGUCGUCCUCUACACAACAGAAUGGUAGUGUUUCAGAUAUAUCUCCAGUUCAAGCUGCAAAAAAGGAAUUUGGACCCCCUUCACGUAGAAAGUCUAAUUGUGUGAAAGAAGUAGAAAAAUUACAAGAAAAACGAGAAAAAAGGCGAUUGCAACAGCAAGAACUUAGAGAAAAAAGAGCCCAGGAUGUUGAUGCUACAAAUCCAAAUUAUGAAAUUAUGUGUAUGAUCAGGGACUUCAGAGGAAGUUUGGAUUACAGACCAUUAACAACAGCAGACCCUAUUGACGAACAUAGGAUAUGUGUUUGUGUAAGAAAACGACCUCUCAAUAAAAAAGAAACUCAAAUGAAAGAUCUUGAUGUAAUCACAAUCCCUAGUAAAGAUGUUGUAAUGGUACAUGAACCCAAACAAAAAGUAGACUUAACAAGGUACUUAGAAAACCAGACAUUUCGUUUUGAUUAUGCCUUUGAUGACUCCGCUCCUAAUGAAAUGGUGUACAGGUUUACUGCUAGACCGCUAGUGGAAACUAUAUUUGAAAGAGGAAUGGCUACAUGCUUUGCUUACGGGCAGACUGGAAGUGGAAAAACUCACACUAUGGGUGGUGACUUUUCAGGAAAGAACCAAGAUUGUUCUAAAGGAAUUUAUGCAUUAGCAGCUCGAGAUGUCUUUUUAAUGCUGAAGAAGCCAAAUUACAAGAAACUAGAACUUCAAGUAUAUGCAACCUUUUUUGAAAUUUAUAGUGGAAAGGUGUUUGACUUGCUAAAUAGGAAAACAAAAUUAAGAGUACUAGAAGAUGGAAAACAGCAGGUGCAAGUGGUAGGACUACAGGAACGGGAAGUCAAAUGUGUGGAAGAUGUACUGAAACUCAUUGACAUAGGCAACAGUUGUAGAACAUCUGGUCAGACAUCUGCAAAUGCACAUUCAUCUCGGAGUCAUGCAGUGUUUCAGAUUAUUCUUAGAAGAAAAGGAAAACUACAUGGCAAGUUUUCUCUCAUUGAUUUGGCUGGGAAUGAAAGAGGAGCUGAUACGUCCAGUGCAGACAGACAAACUAGGCUUGAAGGUGCUGAAAUUAAUAAAAGCCUUUUAGCACUCAAGGAGUGCAUCAGAGCCUUAGGAAGAAAUAAGCCUCAUACUCCUUUUCGAGCAAGUAAACUCACUCAGGUGUUAAGAGAUUCAUUCAUAGGUGAAAAUUCCCGUACUUGCAUGAUUGCCACAAUCUCUCCAGGAAUGGCAUCCUGUGAAAAUACUCUUAAUACAUUAAGAUAUGCAAAUAGAGUAAAGGAGUUUGGAAUUAGUCCAUCAGACAUUCCCUUCUCCCAGGGUAGUGGCAGUCGCCCUGAUCUCUCUCCUUCUUAUGAUUAUGACGACUUUUCUCCUUCGAUUACCAGGGUGAAAGAAUUAACUGUUGAUCCAGCUGCCGCUGGUGAUGUCCGUUCAAUAAUGCACCAUCCACCAAGCCAGAUUGAUGACUUAGAGACCCAGUGGGGUGUGGGGAGUUCGCCUCAGAGAGAUGAUCUAAAACUUCUUUGUGAACAAAAUGAAGAAGAAGUUUCUCCACAGUUGUUUACUUUCCAUGAAGCAGUCUCACAAAUGGUAGAAAUGGAAGAACAGGUUGUAGAAGAUCACAGGGCAGUGUUCCAGGAAUCCAUUCGCUGGUUAGAAGAUGAAAAGGCUCUCUUAGAGAUGACGGAAGAAGUAGAUUAUGAUGUGGAUUCAUAUGCUACACAACUUGAAGCUAUUCUUGAGCAAAAAAUAGACAUUUUAACUGAACUACGAGAUAAAGUGAAAUCGUUUCGUGCAGCUCUACAGGAAGAAGAACAAGCCAGCAAGCAAAUAAACCCGAAGAGACCCCGAGCCCUUUAAAUUGGUAUUUGCUGCUAAAGGAUCCCAGAACCUUCAACACUGUAACAUAAAAUGGUUCAGCUGUAAGGGCCACUUGAAAGUUUAAAAUCUUAGUGUGAGGAAAAUGUCUUGUCCUUCACCUGAAUACCAUUUCAAUUCUGUGAAACACUCUUCUGUCUCCAAAAUGCUCCUAAUCCAGGAGGCACAACUAACAGUUGGGAUUAGUGAAGUAUUUUGUCUCAUUUACCCAGAUAGUGAUUUACUUUUGGAGAUCCUUACAAUUUUAUCCCUGUAUGGAGAUAUUCGACUUAAUGCAGAGGGGGAGUAGGGGAAGCCACAGCAUUUCCUUUUAACUCAGUUCAAUUUCCAUAGAGAGAUUGAGCAGUUUUGAAUACUUUGCGUGCAUGCAUACCUCAUCAGUGAUUGUACAUACCUUGUACUCCUAGAGACAGCUGUGCUCACUCAUCCUUCUCCAGGCCUUCACCAAGGCCACUGACCCUAGAUUUCUGAAGCACAGCCAAGAUAAAUUACAUUCCUUAUUUGUAACUGUAAAUUACCUUUACUGUGUGUACAUUUUUACUGUAUUGGAAACAUUUUUUUGUGUGUGACUAGCUAAUUUUGCAGGAUGUGCCAUAUCAAUUGAACGGAACUAAAGUCUGUGACAGUGGACAUAGCUGCUGGACCAUUCCAUCUUAUAUGUAAAGAAAUCUGGAAUUAUGAUUUUAAAACCAUGACAUGUGAUAAUUUUCUUAGCAUUUUCUUUGUAAAGAACUAAAAUAUAAACUAGUUGGUGUAUAAUAAAAAAUAAUGAAAUUCUGAGAAGAGUUUUAUCUUAGGAUAAUACAUAUAUAUGCAAUGUGUGUACCAGUGGUGUUAAGACUAAUAGUGCAAUUUGAUUCUUACCAAUACCAUUAUUUAAGUUGAAGUGUUCAUUGGCCCCCCAAAUUUACUUUAAUGUACUGUUAAAGGAAAUUGGCUUCUGAUGCAUGAACAUUUAUAUGUACAUUAAAAGUUAGUUUAAGCCAAGCGUAGACAGAUGUAACUCCCCUUAAAAAGGCAGGUCAUACCCACACUCCAUCUAAUCUUUGUUAUGUGUCGGUUUGCCAUUUGGUGAGAAUCAACAUAUUCUCACCUAUAGAUUGAUGGUAAGGUAAGCUACUCUUUAAAUGGCAGCCCUUACUUUUACAGCUGCUACUAUAUAAGAAAGAAAACUGGCCAUUUUUCAUGUAAAUACUGUGUUUAAAGAUUUAUAUAUCUCUCUAGGAGUUUUCCCUUGGUUUCCAGUAUAUAGUCCAGUAGUUGAACAACAAAAGAACCUCCCAAGGAUAUCUUUUGAUUAACUCUAGGGAACUGCUAACUCAUUCAUGAACCAAGGGGAAGCUAUGAAUAGAGUCCAUACAAGCCAGAGUCUGUUCAUGAAUGAGAGGGUAGCUGUGAGAAAUCCUAACACCAUGGUGAAAAGCUUUGUAAACAUGAAAUCUAAAACAAAUGUAGAUUUUUCACAAUAUGCUUAUUAAUAAAUGGAAUCUAUGAAACAAA